AUGUCUGCCCGUGAGGUGCAGAUUCUCCAGAGGCUGGCUGUUCUUGUGGUCUGCCAUGGCUUCGCAGCAGGCCAUGUGACCUCCCAGUACUUCUUAGUGCAAAGCCCCAUGUCGUGGCUCCGAGCCCGGGAGUUCUGCCAGAGGCACUACGUGGACCUCGCCGUCCUGAACUCCGAGGAGAAAUACUUCACCCUCCUCGAUGCAACCUCUGAAAGCAAAGUCAGCUUCUGGCUGGGCCUGCGGCGGCGGCCCAUCGCCCCCGAGUGGAGGUGGGUCAGCGGGGAAGAGCUGGGAUACCAACACUGGUACAGGGAGAACUACGAGGGCCAGUGCGCAAGUCUGGAGGCCAUGUUAAAAAACGACAAGCUGCUGGCUCGCCACUGCACUGAGCAACACAUGGCUGUGUGUCAGGGUCCAGUCACCCCCCAGUCAGUGACCGUGGAGUCGGUGGGUGUUGACCACGUGGCGCUCAGCUGGAACGUCUCCGCGGUCAUGCUUCAGAUCCCUCACAGCUACGACGUUACAAUACGCCAGUCCACUGGCGACACGCACCUCCUCUACCCUUUCGCCAACAACUCUUCCGUCAUUCGCAUCAGAAUCUCCGACCUAACCCUGACCGCUGAGUACUUCAUACAGAUAUCGGCUGUGGUUGUUCGGCCCGACAGCGUGACCGGUGGGAACAGAACGCUUCGAGAUAAUCCUGUCACCUUGCAUAUUAAAACA